UUAUACGGCGGUAGACGUCGGGCGGCGCGCGCGCAGCACCAGUGCUCCUCGAGUCGCGGUCGGCGCUGCGAUCUCCGUUAUCUGUGCCGUGUACUACGUUAUCACUAAGCAUCUAUGUUGUGCCUAUCUUAUAAACAGCCGAGCGUUUGAGAUGCCGAGUUUUGACGAAAAAUUAGUGGCCAGGACUGAGGAAUAUGAAGUGGCUAUGUCCUGUCAUCAUUUUUAGCAUCAUAGUUAUAGAAACCAUUCCUGGAUAUCACAUUGAAAACGAGGUGACAACACACCAUGAAAAAGUACUGAUGACUAAUACCAAGCGUAAUAAAGGAUCAAAAUAUUUCAUUGAAGAUGAAAAAGGUAUACGUUUAAAGCAGUCUGCAUAUUCUUUUUGGGGUCGGUGGAGCGCGUGCCAGGGCGGGCAUAGGACCCGCCGACGACACUGCUUGCUAAGUCAAAUAUGCGGCGACUCGCUUCGCAUAGAAAUCGCAAGUUGUGAUGAAGAAUCACACCCUCUACACCGGCUGGAGGAGCAAACAGUACUAAAACAUGUUCAACGAAGACAGAUGAGGGCUGAAGAUGUGCAGAAGAGGUUCCGAGGAUUCUCGCAGUGGAGCUCGUGGAGUGCUUGUUCGAGAAGAUGUACUACUAUGAGACGGAGGCAGUGUUUAAAGCCGUCGCUGUGUGGCCGGCAAAUCGUGAGGCAGUCAGCUUACUGCUACAUGGAAGGUAGCUACUGCCAUCUCUGGAUACGCGCCCGCUUGCAGAGGAGAAAGGACCCAGGUCAGGUAAUAGAAUCAUUGUCGACGCCAGCGCCGGCAAUUCACCCAGAAGACUCACGCGCAAGUCCGCCGUUGCCCCCGUGCGGGAAAUUGGGCCGAUACCGCGGCUCCCCGUCCGCGCGGCUGCGACAGAGGAUGCGUGAUAUGGUCCGUAUUAUAGGGGGCAGGCCCGCACCACCCGGGAAGUGGCCUUGGCAAGUUGCUGUGCUUAACCGAUAUAAGGAAGCAUUUUGCGGCGGCACCCUAGUCUCACUCCGCUGGGUAGUGACAGCGGCCCACUGCGUGCGCAAGCGACUGUACGUGCGCUUGGGCGAACACGACCUGCUGCUCCGGAACCGAGGCGAGCUUGAAAUGAGGGUCACGGAGGCCGUCAUCCAUCCUCGCUACGACCCUGACACUGUUGUCAACGACGUCGCCAUGCUGAGAUUGCCAGAGCCGGCCCGGCCGGAUUUAGGGCACGGUGUGGCGUGUCUGCCGCCUCCCCAUCAACCCCUGCCGCCGCAUACCUCCUGCGUGAUCCUGGGCUGGGGAAAGAAGAGGCCCACUGAUGUCCACGGCACACGAGUACUGCAUGAAGCUCAGGUGUCGACAAUACAACAAGGAGUAUGUCGGCGUUCAUACUGGCAGUACGCUAUCACCGACAACAUGGUUUGCGCAGGGAGGGGGCGACGAGACUCUUGCGCAGGCGACUCUGGCGGUCCACUGCUAUGCAAAGACCGCUCUAUGAGAUAUUUCUUACAGGGCAUCACGAGUUUCGGCGACGGUUGCGGCAAGCGUGGCAAAUACGGCAUUUACACCCGUACCGCAGGCUACGUAGCGUGGAUGCGCGACGUCAUGAACAAUAAGUAUUUUGACUGAAACCGCAGAAGGUUUGACGAGACCCCUCGCCUUCAAGGACAGGCUGAGGUAUAUACGACUCAAUUUUCUUAUGAGAACAAAGCGAGGACCCAAAACGAAACUGUAUUUCAGUUGACAAUUUGUGAUCAAUGUUAAAAGUGACUAAAGUUAUGUAAUUCUUAUUAUUUUGUAACUAUAGAGUAAGUCAGAUAUUUUGUACAAAAUCUCAAAUUGAGAUUAUUCCUAAAUGAAAUAGCAACGUUUAUCUACGCAUUAAAAAUACGCAGACUAUUUUACGACACAAAUGUAAGCUUUUCAACACAAUUUAACAGCCCGCCUCCGGUGGCAAAAAGAUUAGAUCCGUCUGCGAUAGUUUCA